CCAGUUUCUAGUUUCUAGUAUGAGCCCAUGACUUUACCAUGUAUAUAAGAAUCCCUCUUUUAAGUCUAAAUUCAGUGAACAGAACCUAAAGGCUCAACUUUGUGAAUUCCUUUUAAAGUGCACAUCUCUCUUGUGUGUGUAACACUAUGGACCUCUACACACUGGGUUUGAUCUUCUUCACUUCACUACUAGUCUACGCUUACUACCGCCUCUCUAACAAAACCCUGAAGGUGCCCCCAUGUCCAGUCAGACCAUUGCCCAUCGUGGGUCAUUUGUUGGCAUUGAAGGCAGACCAGAGACCACAGUUCAAACAGUGGCGGGAGCAGUGUGGAGAUAUUUUUAGUGUUUACCUGGGAUCUAAACUUCUGGUGGUCAUCAAUGACUUUCAACUCAUUAAAGACACGUUUGUGAAAAGAGCAGACGACUUCUCGGACAGGCCAGUCAUGUUUCUGGAUGAGAUGACAGGCCAAAAAGGCAGGGGAAUCGUCAUGAAUUCUGGCCACGUUUGGAAGGAACAGAGAAGUGUAGCUCUAUCUAUAUUACGCAAAUUUGGCUUCGGCAAAAAUGUUUUGGCUGAGAGAGUACAAGAAGAGGUAUCGCAUUAUCUGGACUACUUGAGCAGUUAUGAUAGUAAGCCCGUAGACAUUAGAAAAAUAACCACAGAAAGUACAGCUAAUAUAAUCUGCUCCAUUCUAACUGGGAAAAGAUAUGAAUACAACGACCCUACCUUUCAAAAACUUAUUAUGGAAAUCGAAAACUUUUUUUCUUCUAACAAACAAGAGGCUGUCGUAACAUUUUUUCCUCUUCUGAAAUAUUUACCUGGACAUCACAAAAUGGCGCAGAAUAUGAAUUACAUAUUUAGUAUUCUCAAAGAGUUCAUAGUCAAAAGCAAAGACAAAGAUCCUGAAGAUAAUUUUAUCGCUUCUUAUGUCUCUGAAAAAGAUUCCAGAAUUGCAAUAGGCGGGGAUACUUCGAUGGAUGAGAUCAAUCUAUUGCGAUCAGUUUUUGAUCUGUUUAUUGCUGGAACUGAGACCACCUCGACCACUAUUUGCUGGUUUGUGCUCUAUAUGUUGAACUAUCCACACAUUCAGAAAAAGAUUUUUGAUGAAAUCGAGGCUCAUAUUGGAACUGAACGAGUCCCUUCCAUUCAGGACAGACCUAAGCUCGUAUACCUUAACGCUGCCAUUAAAGAGACACAAAGAUUGUCCAGUAUUGCGCCACAAGCUGCCUUGAGAAUGUGUUCCAAAGAUCUCACCAUUGGAGAAUUUACACUUCCCAAAGGUUCUUUGAUGGUCCCGAACCUAGACUCUGUCUUGUUGGACAAAAAAAUCUGGGGAUCAGAUGCUGACGUCUUUAACCCAGACAGAUUCAUUGACGCAAAAGGGCAGCUAAAGAAACCCGAAGAGUUCAUUCCCUUUGGAGUUGGACGUCGUGUUUGUCUUGGAGAAUCAAUGGCUAAAACUGAGCUGUUUCUGUAUCUAAGUUCUUUAAUUCAAAGAUUUCACCUGCUUCCAGUUCAUCCAGAUCAACCUCCACCAAUGGACUAUAUUUAUGGACUUACAAUGAUUCCCAAACCUUACCAACUAAGACUUGUUGAACGGGCAUCGAUUUAAAUUCAAGUUUACACUUUCUAAGAUUUGAUUUUGUAAUAAGAUAGCACGCCCAAUCAAUUCUAUGUUUAAACACCUACAUCUCCUUCAUAUGGCAUCCUUCAGUCGUAAAGUGACUUUUAAUCACCUCAUGGAAAUGAGAUGAAUGCCUGGGUAUUAGAUGUGGUCGAUGUCGAUCUAACAGACUCACUCCUUCAUAAUUUUGUACAAAGUCUAUAUAAAGAGUUCUACAGUAAUCAGUCAUUCUAGUUAUUUUGAAUGUACUAUUUAACAAACGAUUUCAUAUUAUAAAACAUAUAGUGGCUAAAGAAGUUUGGAUAAACUCCUCUAUAAAUGCAUAAGGAAUGUGUGUC